AUGACGAUGCAGCGAACUGCAGAGGCGGCACACCAAGCAACCCAGCGGCGCAUCUCGCAGAUGCUCCAGCAGGCAUAUGCGGACUUGAAACCGGGAACCAUGUUCAAGAGCAAGGAUGCAACAAUCCCACGAGCAGACCCAAGGACAGCAGCGCUGACGUGGUGGGCACAACUCCGACAGCAGGGACUUGACGUGCGCAUUGUCGCGUAUCCCAUGGGUCUGCACGAGCUGUGCACCAUACUUGCGCAUCACGAUGGUGUGGUAGACAUCGAGUGUCUCCCACAAGCAGACUUCGUCCUUGCUCGGUUCAGGGGUCAUGAGGAUGUGGAACUUGUAGUUGUGGACAUUGAUGGCUGUUGCUCCAUUAGCUACAUUUCGUGUACAGAUCCUUUACGACACUCGGCAAGGCCACAGGACUGCUAG